AUGACUCAAAUGUCAAACGCACAUGGGAUUCCGAAUCGAUGUGAUAAUUUGUGUUUUCUUCCAUUUCCAAUGUAAAUAAUUAAAAUGGUGAAUAAAGACUGGUCAAAAGUGCAGCCGGGGCUGUCGGCGCCCGUGCUAAACUGUAUGAAGAAGCAGGGUUUCGCGUCUAUGACUCCUAUUCAGGCCGCGGUGAUACCGUUGAUUUUGUCGUGUAAAGAUGUGGUGGCGGAGGCGGUGACGGGGUCAGGGAAGACGCUGGCCUUCGUGGUGCCGCUGCUGGAGAUGCUGCUGAAGAAGCAGAAGGAGGCGCCGCUGCGGAAGGACUUCGUUUAUGGAGUUAUUAUAGCCCCGACAAGGGAGCUUGCCACACAGAUUUUAAAAGUGAUAGAGUUAUUCCUAGAAGAGCCGGAGCUCUCCAACAUCACCCGCUGCCUGCUCGUCGGUGGGCGCUCCGUGGACCUGGACAUAGCCAGCCUGCAGGACGGAGCGCACAUCAUCGUCAGCACUCCGGGACGGCUGGAGGACUUGCUGGCGGAGCGGAAACAGGCCAACUUAGCUGGAAGGCUUAAGGAAUUGGAAUUCCUGGUAUUGGAUGAGGCUGAUCGUCUCCUAGACCUCGGGUUCUCGUCGGCACUGACUACUAUUCUGCAGUACCUGCCGCGUCAGCGCCGCACUGGACUCUUCUCAGCCACGCAAACUAAACAACUGCAGGAUCUGGUGCGUGCCGGUUUGAGGAACCCUGUCGUAGUGAGUGUCAAAGAGAAGUCCACGAUAUCGACUCCUCUGCUGCUGGAGAAUUAUUACGUCAUCGUGGAGCCGCAGGACAAAUUCCUUUUCCUCUUAAAUUUUAUCAGAAACCGCAAGAUCGUGAAAGGCCUCUUUUUCCUCCCGACCUGCGCGUGCGUCGACUACUGGGCGGACGUCCUCCCCGCCUUCCUCCCUGACGUGAAAGUCUUCGCGAUCCACGGCAAGAUGAAACAGAAGAGAAGUAGGAUACUAGACAAGUUUAGAGAAAGCGAGGGGACUAUUCUUCUUUGUACGGAUCUUUUGGCCAGGGGCCUCGAUAUCCCGGAAGUAGAAUGGGUACUCCAAUGGGAGCCCCCGCACCCCUCCUCCCUAGUCCACCGCGUGGGGCGCGCGGCUCGCGGCGGCGCGGCCGGCUGCUCGCUGCUACCAUUAUUACCUAGUGAAGACACUUAUGUGCCGUUCAUUGCGGCUAACCAAAAGGUGGAGCUGAAGGACUGGCGGGGGUCGGCGGAUGAGAUUCAGAUCACGCAGAAACUUAGAGACAAGGUAACGUCUAUUCUACACGAGCACCAGAAGCGAGACCGCGCCAUCUUGGACAAAGGUCAACGCGCUUUUGUAUCGCACAUGCGAGCCUACAGCAAACACGAGUGCAACCUGCUUUUACAGUUUAAGCAGUUACCUUUAGGGCACAUAGCCACGUCCUAUGGUCUCCUCAAACUUCCCCUCAUGCCAGAGCUGAAGCAAGAACACAAGGAUCAGUUCGCAGGCCCCAAAGAGGAGGUGGACCUGAACAGCAUACCCUACAAGGAUAAACAGAAGGAGGCGAGUCGGCUGCAGAAGCUACAGGAGUACAGGAAGACAGGCGUCUGGCCGAGUAAGAAGAAAAAGAAAAUGGUAAAAACGCAACCAUGGGAGCAAGCAAAACAGAACAAAGAAGAGAAGAAAGAGCGCCGGAAGAAGCGCAAAAUCGAGAAGGCAGAAGGUAAGAAAGGCAAGAAGCGGCGAGCGGUGACGCAGGAGGAGCUGGACGAGCUGGCUGCGGACGUGGCUCUCAUGAAGAAGUUGAAAAAACGGAAGAUCACGAAGGAACAGUUCGAUGAACAGUUUGAUGGGGAUAAAUAAAUGUGCA